AUGUCGACUAGCAAAGGAGAUACGAUGUUUGGCAGCUCAAAACUGUCGAGUUUGGAGGACGAUUUCAGUUAUGGAGUCACUGUUGCCCAGACGAACAUCAAUAUCCGUCUUGGUUAGUGUUACAGAAUGUUUCAUAGCUUUUUUUUCCUAUGACGAUUUUCGUCAGAAUGUUUCUCUCCUGGAAGAUCGAUAGGGAGUUUGAAAGUGAAACUCUUUUUGUUUGAUGAUGACUUACUGUUGUUACUAGAAAUUGUGAAGAAUUUUUUUUGAGAAGAGAGCGGAAAUAGCCAGAUAGAUUUUUAAUGUUUACACAUUUUUAAUCAAACUAAAAUUUUUGUGUUCUUAUUCUGAAGAUGAAUGAUGGUAUACAUUAUUUCUGUGUACACGUCAUUUUUUAUAUACCUCGUUUGGAGUUUUGGCAGAUUUUCGCAGUUCUUACUGUAUUUUAAGUGGGCUAUGAUGAAUUGUGCAAAGCAAGCUCUUCUAUUUUUCCGUAACAUGAAACUACAUGUAGAACACAUGAUAGUCACUGUAUAUAUGUUAAUUUUGUGGGAAGGUGAUAGAUGAGCACAUAAGCUAUUAUUAUUUUCACCUGAAACUUCAAUAAAAGCAAAAAUAAUUAAUAUUCCAGUUCUUCAAUGCGUAGUUGCUUGCUUGCUUUAUUGUUUCCUUGAAAAUUAUAUUAGCGGUAAGAAUUGUAGAGGUAUUAAUUUUGUCAGAGAGAUUUUCUCUUCUAUGACCUGCAAGGCUUCCAGAGCAACACAGCAGGGUCUUGAAAGCACCCCUAAUUUUGCUUAUAUACACUGUAUGCCUGUCUAGAACAAGUUUGGUGGCGUCUAUUUUGUUACUAAAUUGUAAUCAUCAUUUAUUGAGGUUAUUCCACCAUUUAACUCCCAAACAAAUUUGUAAUUCUUCUUACUAUCAGCCAUGCAAUUCUUGUAAUGUUAGUUGAGACAAUUUAGUAUUGAAUCAACUAAUUAUCUCAAAUUGAUAUUAUUCUUUAUUCUUAAUACUUAUUUGGUUGAUAUAGUGCUGAUAUCGUAAGGAUAAAUUCUGUUUUGGACACUCAAGGGAGUUAAAGGGUUAAGUCAGUUGUAAAAUACUGAAUUAUUAACUUAUUUUUCCAUAAAUUUCACUUAUGUUUGAAAAUGAGCUGUUUACUUGGCUAAAAUAUUGAAAAGAUAAAACCAAAUGGUCAUCAUCAGGAUAAUUCAUUUCUUACCCAAAUGAUGACCAAGUGUCUAAAAUGUUUAGUUUUCUACUUUUUAAAACAUUUUGGCCUUGUUAAUGCAUGUAGUUCAUUUACAUAAUUUUUUGUCUAAAUGGCUACAUGUGUACAGCACAUGUUAAAAAUUUACAAAAAUUUUACUUUGCAGCAUUUGUGUUACCCUAUAGUACAUAUCUAUCUUUGUAUUACUUCUAUUUAUCAUAUUCUAUUAAAACUCUCAUGCCCCUCUAGUUGGUUAAUUAAACAAACAAAGCAAACAACAACAAAAACAACAAUAAAAAAAACAACAGAAUCAUCAGUCUGCAGACCUUGGAGAGGAUGUUGGCAACUACACUGAGAAUAUAAAAAUCAGCCAUGCUUAUGCAUUGAAAUUUUGGGAAAAAUUUCUAUCUGAUUUAUUCCUGUUUACUGAAUUGCUUAUUUACUUUAAAGCAGCAUCUUUUUUCGACAAUUCAGCCAAAAUUAAAAAUUUAAAUCAAGCAUUUGUUGAUGGAAAAACUUUUCUUUUUUUCCUACAGGUUUCCUCAGAAAGGUUUAUGGCAUUCUUACUGCCCAACUUAUGCUCACCAUUUUUGUGGCGGGAGUAUUUAUGUACACAGAAAGCAUCAAAACUUUUGUUCAGGGAAGGUACUGUGUGGAAAAUCUAUAAUUUCAAAUUGUAAUUGUUUGCCACCCAAGAGUGCUCUCUACAUCUUAAUAGUCUGUAAAGCAGACAAGGGAGGAGAAUGAAACAAAUUAUCAAUUAGGGAAUAUUUUUAUACAAAGCCAAUUUCCCAGCACCAGCUACUAAUUGUAAAGACUGUGUGGUUAUCUGUUGAUAGAAUCACUCUGCAGAUCUUUUGAUAACUACAGAUGUACAAUAUACUUGUCACUGUCAGUAUCAUGCUAUUUUGUCUGUGCAGUGUAUGAGCCUUAUGAGCACUUUCAUUAAUUGUUAAAUACUUAGUUGAAAAAAUUCCCCAAUGAGGGCUGUAUACAUUGGCACAAGCAUGGGUUGAAAGUCCAGUGCAUAGAAGAAGAAGUACUGAAGAAAGAUAAUGGGUGUCUGCACAUGGCAAUGAUAGCAUAGAGUUCCAGAAUGAUACUGUUUCUAACUGUCUUCUGGUCGAAGGUGGUUUGAAAGAGAAAAAAUUUACCAAUAGAGACUUUCUAGUGCACAUUUAGAGAAUUUAUCCUCGUAUUUAUCAUUUCUAUUUUCUUGAAACAAUGUCUCUUGUAGACCUGAGGUUUUGAUGAUGGCAUUUAUCCUGUCACUUGGUCUGCUAAUUGGACUGAUGUUCAAGCGCAAAGAACAUCCAACCAACAUGUACCUUUUGGGUGCAUUUGUAAGUUUGAAAUUGAAAUUGUACUGUAAAAAAUAUCAGUUUUGGUUAACCCUUUGACCCCUAAGAAUGACUGGCAUCUAAUUUCACCAUAUAAUAUCACCCCUGAAUCAAACAUUAAGGUAACAUGAACAAAGGAAAUCAUCACCACCUUAUGGAGCUCUUGAUUUUGAAAGAAAUUCUUUGUGUCAGCACCUUGAGAAAUGUAUAGAUUACAGUAUGGAGAAUAUACAUGUAUAUGUUGUGGUUCAAUUUUAUCCUUGGUUAAAAUUUUAUUUUCUUUUGUUUUUGGGUAUUGUAAUGUAUGAUAAUGAGUUUGAAACAAAGGAAAAUAAAAUUGAAAUCAGGAAGAAAAUUAAACCACAACAUACAUAAUGGUGGUAGGGUGUAAAGGGUUAAUGGUCACCAAGCUGACUUGCUGACCCCUGAUUUAUCUUGAAGCUCAAACAUUUAGGGAAACUGAAAAAGGUCACGUUAUCAGAAGCUUAGAGUAAAUGAAAAAAUUUCAUGUAAAUUUGGGGAGGAAAGGGGAAGUUUAUUUUAUCAUUAUUUAUAAAAUCAACAUUUUAAUCUAAUUUGUUACAAAACAUAGAGGCUAAGAGAAGUUUAUAACGCUGCACCUAAGUUUAAUUUAUGCCACUCUUCUACCACUAAAACCCUUAACUGGACUGACAAUGUUCUUGUAAUAUAAGAAAGAAUUUAAAAUGGAUUAACAAUACAAAUAAACAUGUAAAGUUAGACUCAGUACCAUUUGUUUUCACCUGUUGUGUAUUGAGACAAACAUGGUUUCAGUAACUGAGCUGAAAGAAUAUUUAAAUAAGCUGGAUAGAAAUGAAAGUUAGUGGCCAGAUUGAGUUAAGAAAGUUGAUCAAUGACUGAAGUUGAGGGGAAAUGGUUCAUGCUACCUGUAGAUUGGGGUGCAAGUCAGUUAGGGUUGGAGUUAUUAGGAGUCAUUUGUAAUUAAACAAAUAUUCUUAGAAUGGUGCAUUUUAUUUCAGACACUAUCAGAAGCUUAUACUGUUGGUACACUGGGUAAGUUUUGACAUCUUGAUCUUAUGACCUAAGUGGUACUCCUAUAUCCUUGCCAUGGGUAUAGAAACACCUCCCACAGCUAGUAGGCUGUGGGUAACCUUAUAGAAGGCUUUCUAUUACAAUGCAGGCUAAAGAAAAAUUAAAUUAAGGGUUUGAGACUUAAUCGAAAUUGCUGCUGAAGGAAAAAAAAAGCUGAAUGGUAUGGGAUUGGUUGGUAUUUCCAAAAAAGAAGAUGGAAAAGUUUGGAUAGAUGCCAAUUUUUUUGUUUUCCCCAUCACUAUACUGGUUUUUUUGAAAUUUAGUUUUCUUAUCAUUGAGAGAUUCCUUUCUUGUUGUACUUUAAAUAGUUUGUGGUCAACCUGUGUAGUCUUGAACCCACUAACCCUUUUGGUAGAGCAUGAGGUGCUGUUUGAUGAAAAUAGUGGCAACUGUACACCUUCAAAAAUGGCACCUUGUGUGUGUACACGUGUAUGGAAUAUCAAUCCUCUAUCUUUGUUGUGUUAUUUUUCCAAUUUCUUUUGGUUCCUGGCCUCCAGUAAUAAAUCUUUUAUACCACAAGAUUUCCCAAUCAGAUUUAAGGCAACUUGUUUCACUGGUGGAGGUUUUCCUUUAUGUGAUUCUGGUAUCACUUUUAUAGUACCAAUAGACUAAACCUUUAAAUAAGACAAAAAAAGUAAGAAAAGACAAUCUUUUCCAUUACAGUUACAUUUUAUGACCAAGUGCUGGUGCUGGAAGCAUUUGUGCUGACUGUGGCAACAACCACGGCAUUGACAAUGUACACAAUGCAAAGCAAGAGAGACUACAGUUCGUGGGGUGCUGGGUAUGUUUGUUUGUUGUAUUUUUUGGUCAAGAUCAAGAUCAAGCUUAUGGAUACAAACUGAAGCUUGUGAUAGUCAAUUCAUAAUCACAUGCAGCACUGUAAUCAAACAUUGUAUUUCAUCUUUAUGAAUGGACAUCUCAAAUUGUCUUUUUACCUAUCACAAUAAAUAUAGGUUAAUUAUUUGUAUUAAGGUUUGAAUGAGGUUGGGGUUUGGACAAUCAGUGGACACUCAACGCUAUUCUAUAAGCAGGUAGUUUGUUUAAAUGAGAUGAACAAUUUUCCAGCUUUCAGAGCUGGAAGACUUGACGCUAAUCCUAAAAGGCAUUAAUAGCACAGGUCUUUGUUGUUAUCAGGGUGAAGAUGAUGAAAUCAACAUUGAUAGUUCCUUUUUUUUUUGUCUACAGCCUGUUCACUCUUUUGUGGAUCCUCAUUUUAGCUGGGUUUCUGCAGGUUGGUUUAUGUAGAAGCAGGAUACUUGCUUUAGUAAAAUAUGAACUACUCUUACUUUCAUUCUGUGCCAUAUCUUGCGAAUUUUUAUCAGUUUCUUGCUAAAAACAGCCAGUGCUUCAAGUUGCUAUCAGUUUUUUUCUUUGAAAUGAUGCAAAAAUGGAGAUAAAAAUUCUGAAUGGAUUUAUUUGGGAUCACGUACCAAAAUUACUUUCAAACUCAGACCUUUUGAGCUUCUUAUUUAUUUCAGGAGUGUUAAUAGUGUUUUGACCGAUCAAUCGGUUUUUAGAGAUUUGGGAUUAGGGUAAAUCUGAGCAUAAUAUUGCUCAAUAAUAUUUUUUUUACAUAAUUGGCAAAGGGACAUUCUCACGUUAUGUCUAGAUAUUUUUUGAUAUGAUGUGUGUUCUUCUGUAAACAAAACAAGCAUUUCAAUUAAGUUACUAAUUGUUUUAUCUUUCUACAACUUUGUUUUUCAGUUUUUCUUCCACAGCGAGACCUUUGAGCUUGUGUAUGCCAUAGCUGGUGCUCUGCUGUUCUCAGCUUUCAUUGUGUUUGAUACUCACAUGUUAAUGCACAAACUUUCACCAGAGGAAUACAUUUUGGCAUCAAUCAACCUCUACCUGGACAUGAUCAAUCUCUUCAUCGAGAUCCUGAGAAUCCUAAAUUCUAUGAAGAAGAACUGA